UGGUCGAAGUUCCGUCGUCGGUAGUGCGUCUGCGUGUGUUGAACCGACUAGCUCAGCCAGCGCUGGGCUGUGUAAGGAACAAAUUUUUCACUUCUCGAAUUCCACAGACAGACCCAGAACGAAACCGAAGAUCAUCCAUCAAAGCGGCGCGUAUCUCCGGCAAUAGCAGCCAGCAGCAUCUCGAGUGUCGUUUGAAUAUAGUUUCUUUUUGCUUCGGUGAAUUACACACCGGAAAAGAUAAAAACAAAACAACCAUCACCAGCGCCAAGAUGAGUGGAUCGAUUGAUAAUGGUUAAAUGGACCCGCGCGCGUGGAUUCUACAUAAAGUGUUGUUCUCGACGAAGAACCCGAAGAUCGGAAAAGCAAAAAAGUGUCUGUGUUUGGCUAUCUGCAAUCGAUAUUACACUCCUCCACAAGUGUUUUUUUUUCUGCCGGGCACGAAUUUUGUUUUGAGUGUUUGGUCGGAAAUCGAUAGUUUAGGGGGGAGGUUGGCUAUCUUCGAAAAGUAUCUAGAACCGAAAAAAAAGCAACAAUACGGCUGCGAGUGAGUCAGCGAAAUUAGAAAUGAGUGUUAGCGAAGAUUGAAUUUAAGCAAAAGUGCGUGUUUUGUGGACCAAGCAGAAGGUUUACAUACGUCUAGAAACCAUUUUGCGCCUUCUGGCACAGAAAAAAAUAUGACGUUCGUCCAACCAACGAAGUUCGUCUGUCACGUGCCAGUUUGGUGAAUAUUGAUAAGAGAAAAUUUGGAGCAAUCUAAAACCGAGCGCUCCUGCUAAAACAAGAUUGAGAGUGUUAGAAGUUCCAGUUGAUACUAGUCCAUCCCGGAGGCUGAACACCAGAGAAAAAAAAGACGGAUAAUGUGUUCCAGUAAAUUGAUUCUGAAGGCAAUUCUAAUCACCUGGACCGUGAUUUAUGGACCGACGGGUUCGGCAGUGCGUGCCGAAUCCGAGCAUCAAGGUCUGUACACCAACCAGCUAGAGCAGGCACAGCUGAUCGUACCGCGAAGGGUAAACCGACGGGGGGACUUGAUCUCCCAUCAGUUAACACAUUAUCAUCAUCAACAGCAGCAGCUUGGUGAUAUUCCCAGUGACGGCGAGGAAGAGUGGCCCAGCAAAAAUCGGCGAAGCCGUCGGGAGCUCGGGAACGGAAGAGAUGAUAAGCUGUACUAUCAGAUCGAUGUCGCCGAACAGACCUUGCAUCUGGAGGUGGAACCGUCGCAGGAGUCGUUCGUAGCGCCAACAAUGGUCGUGGAGCGGCAUCGACGAGAUCUACGUACCCGGUCACGUCCGAAGAAGCACGUCCACAGCUGUCAUUACCAAGGACACAUCCGAGGUCAUAAUCAUUCCCGUGUAGCGCUGUCCGCUUGCAAUGGCUUGACAGGCUUCCUGCGGACGAACAAAACCGAAUACUGGAUCGAACCGUCCAAGAACCACAGUCCGUCGGACAAAGAUGGCCACCCGCACGUGAUCUUUAAACGAGCGGAUGUUUCAGAGAUUAAAGCUACUCGGUCGAAGAAAGCAACGGCUACGAAUGGUGCGACCGGAAAGAAGAAAAAGAAGAAACGAAGAAAGCGUCAUGCCAGCAACUGCGGUACCAAGGAACCCCGAAGACUUACCGAAACUCGAAUCGAGUGGCAACACCAGGGAAAGGUGAUCGUACAGGGCGGUCGAAAAAGUCGAGAACAUCCCGGAACAGUCGGAAUAGGCGCCACCCACACAGGAACAGGCCGAAAACGCAUUAAGCGAUCGAUCAGCACUCCUCGACAUGUGGAAGCCUUAGUCGUAGCCGAUCAUUCCAUGGUGCAGUUUCACCAGGACGUGGAUCUACAGCAGUACCUGUUGACAAUUAUGAACAUGGUUUCGUCGUUGUACAAAGAUCCCACCAUCGGUAACUCGAUCCAGGUGACGGUGGUGCGGAUAAUCAUACUGGAAGAAGAGGAAUCGCAUGCCGACUUCAACGUGACGCAUGUAGCGGCCAACACGCUGGAGGACUUCUGCAGAUGGCAGCGAAGCUUGAAUCCGAAAGCAGAGGACGACCCUCAUCAUCACGACGUGGCAAUUUUGGUAACCAGAAAAAACAUUUGCUCCACCCAUGGAUGCUCCACUCUAGGGGUCGCCAACGUGGGCGGCAUGUGCCGUCCGGAUAAGUCGUGCAGCGUCAACGAGGACAACGGGAUCACCCUGGCGCACACGAUCUCCCACGAGCUCGGCCACAAUUUCGGGAUGUACCACGAUACGGCGAAGACCGGCUGCGAUCAUCGCAUCGGACCGAUCCUGCACAUUAUGACGCCCAGCUUCGAAGCGGACACGAUGCAGGUUUCCUGGUCCAACUGCAGCCGCCGUGACAUCACACAUUUUCUAGACUUGGGACUCGGCAAAUGUCUGGAAGACCAACCGAGCCAGCAGAAUUACAGCUAUCCGGAGCUACCACCGGGGGCGAUGUACAACGCGGAUCUACAAUGCCGCCAGCAGUUUAAUUCGACCGACGAAGAAAUAACCGUUUGCUCUAAGUUGGACGAAAUUUGUAAUCAACUGUGGUGUCUGGUAGAUGACGUCUGUAUGACUAUGAUGCGGCCAGCGGCACCGGGAACGAACUGUGGCAGAAGAAAGUGGUGUCAAAACCAGCAAUGUGUGGACGUUGAAGAACUUCCACCACCGGUGGACGGAGGUUGGGGUGAAUGGAGCACGUGGAGUGAGUGCUCCCGCGAGUGCGGUGCCGGGAUUGCUCGGCAAACUCGGGAAUGUGAUCAUCCUUCGCCGGCACAUGGUGGAUUGUUUUGCAUCGGGGAAAGGGCGCGGUAUAAAACUUGCAAUACGCACCCGUGUCCGCCGGAAACACCUUCAUAUCGAGCACAGCAGUGCUCGGAACAUGACAAUGACACCGUCAAAGGAGCGAAGUACACCUGGCUGCCGUAUUUUGAUAAAAACGAACCAUGCGAGCUGUACUGCACCAACUCGGAGGACACCAUCAUCGUUCCGUUCGGGGACAACGCCGCGGACGGAACACCGUGCAAUCUGGGCUCGAACGAUAUGUGCAUUGGCGGCAUCUGCCGCCGGGUGGGCUGCGAUUGGAUUGUGGAUUCUAACACCACCGAAGAUCAGUGCGGUGUUUGCGGUGGCAACGGGGACAGUUGCACCGUCAUUCAGGGCAACUUCACCAAGAAGGUCAACAUGACCGACGGGUUCUACGAUGUGCUGCAGAUUCCGGCCGGUGCGCGGAACAUCCUGGUGGAGGAGAUGGGACCGUCGAAGAAUUUCAUCGGUAUCGGAAAGGCGAAUAGUAAAGAUUACUAUCUGAAUGGCAAUAGAUUGAUUCAGAUGCCUGGAGAGUACGAAAUUGCUGGCAGCCUGGGGCUGUACGAUCGCGAAGAGGAACAGGAAAAGAUCAAAAUUCCCGGACCGAUCACCGAUGAUAUCACAAUAUCGGUCAUCAUGAAGAAGAAGAACAACCACGCCGGAAUACGGUACGAGUACACGCUGUCAUCGACGAAUUCAAGCCGCAAUCAAUCGCCUUACUACUGGAAACUGACAGAUUGGUCGCUGUGUUCCGUCACCUGUGGAGGUGGCAAGCAGCACCGUGAAUCCGUUUGUCAUCACCGUGGGGAGGGCAUCGUUGACGAUAGCUUCUGCGAGCAGAAUGCUCACAACAAACAUCACGACCGGAUGGCACGGGAAUGCAACGAGGAUCCCUGUCCGGCGAACUGGUGGGUCGGCCCGUGGCAGAUAUGCUCCGUGACCUGCCGAAAACCGACCGAUCCGAAUCCGGUACGGAAGCGAACGAUUCUGUGUGCCGAUAAGAGUACCAACGCCCUGCCGGACAGCCGGUGCGAAGGUAAGAAACGACCACCGGAUACCGAACCCUGUCCGGGCCGGGUGCCACUCUGCAAGGAGUUGCUCGAUAUGCAGAUCAUGGUGGAGGACGUUCCAUCCGAGUACGUCGAAAACAAUGUCAUCUGACAGGACGGCGGGGCCAAUGUGCGAAUUACUGUUUAACAGUUGGUAUUAUGUUAUAUUAACAUUUAUCGUAGUUUAGCGCAGCAUUUUUCCUAAGAUAAGAGAUUUUUCUAUUGAAUCGUACUUACAUUCUCCGUGAAAAAGUAUUAUUUUAAAGCAACAGAUACGCAGAUACUCUCACCAGACAGAAACUAUCAAACAAAUGGCAGCAGCUGCUAGUGCAAAACCUAGUUUAGAAUGGAUGAAUUUCCACACAGAAAUAUUCAACAGUUUACCUGUUGGUAUGGCAUGUUUUAAAAGUUAUAUAUUUACAGUGUAUUUAAAAGAAUUAGUUUAAGGAAGAGCAAUCGCUACAACCGCAAAGCAAAUGCUAGCUUUUUACUGCAUGUUUAAUACUAAACUUCUGCCUUUGGCAGAACAUUUUACAAUCAGGACAAAAUCAAACACAA